AUGGUCCUUUGCUGGGCAUCAUCGGUGCCGAAAAAAUUUCGAUACGAAAGACUUCAAGAAGAAUAUCAUAUAAGACUUCUGGAGGUUGAACCAUACCAAGAAGAAAGAGACAAAAUCCGAUGUCAUCUCUAUGAAUUUUCGUUGAAAGAUAGAGGUCUUCCUCCCUUUGAUGCUCUCUCUUACUCUUGGAAUGCGCCGGUUAUGGUUGAAGAAGAGAUUGAAUGCAACCAGGCUUCAAAUAUGAUAACGGAAAGCCUCUACGAAGCACUGCUGCGGCGAAGCAAAUCGGGUGAACGACGGUUGUUGUGGACAGAUGGGCUGUGUAUCGACCAAACAAACCUAAAGGAGCAAGGAGAUCAGGUCGCCCGCAUGGGAGAGAUCUAUUCUUUGGCAAGCCGGGUGAUUGUUUGGCUAGGGGAAGAUCCGUCAAAUGUUGAAGAAAUGCUU